CGUUGGCGGGCGGGCUGGUUGGCGCUUGGACGGCGCGUGCGCGCGUGGGCCCGCUGCGUUCGAAGCGACGGCGCCGCCCGGCGCCUGGCGUGGCGCCGCUUCGCGCACCAGUCGCGUCCGGGCGCCGGCCGCGCUCGGCCGCUGCCGAGGGGAUUCUGUGCAAGUAGUUGCACCGUCUGCCGCCAGGAGCAGCACCGUCUGGGCGACGGCGUGGUCGAGCGACAGGGCGCCGGAUCCCGGGUUGCCGUGUGGAGUUAUCUGGAACCUGAAAACUCAUUGGAAGGGUUGAGCGCCCUGUGGUCGCCAGUGCUUGCUACUGAACGACUUUUGACGAUUUGUUGCCCCCAAAAUAUG